CUUUUUCUUGCAGCGGCUCCCUGCGUCCCGGCCUGCAGCGUCUCCGGGCGCCGGCUCCGCCGCCACGCCCCUCAGGCACCGCACUCGGUGCGAGGUGUGAGCGCGUCGGGCCGAUGCGGUGAUCUCCGGCCCGCCUGGGAGCAAGCGCGUGGAUUGGCGGGCGGCGGCGGCGAGCGCCUUUACAAUGGCCCUGACCCUGUUUGAUACAGAUGAAUAUAGACCUCCUGUUUGGAAAUCUUACUUGUACCAGCUGCAACAGGAAGCCCCUCAUCCUCGAAGAGUUACCUGUACAUGUGAGGUAGAAAACAGACCAAAGUAUUAUGGAAGAGAAUUCCAUGGCAUGAUUUCCAGAGAAGCAGCUGACCAGCUCUUGAGUGUGGCCGAGGGGAGCUACCUCAUUCGGGAGAGCCAGCGGCAGCCAGGAACCUACACUUUGGCUUUAAGAUUUGGAAGUCAAACCAGAAACUUCAGGCUCUACUACGAUGGAAAGCACUUUGUUGGGGAGAAACGCUUUGAGUCCAUCCACGAUCUGGUGACUGAUGGCUUGAUUACUCUCUAUAUUGAAACCAAGGCAGCAGAAUACAUUGCCAAGAUGACGAUAAACCCAAUUUAUGAGCACAUAGGAUACACAACCUUAAACAGAGAGCCAGCAUACAAAAAACAUAUGGCAGUCCUGAAAGAGACACAGGAUGAGAAAGAUUCUACAGGCCAGGAUGGGGUAUCAGAGAAAAGGUUGACAUCACUUGUUAGAAGAGCAACUCUGAAAGAAAAUGAACAAAUUCCAAAAUAUGAAAAGGUUCACAAUUUCAAGGUCCAUACGUUCCGAGGGCCACACUGGUGUGAAUACUGUGCCAAUUUCAUGUGGGGUCUCAUUGCUCAGGGAGUGAAAUGUGCAGAUUGUGGUUUGAAUGUUCAUAAGCAGUGUUCCAAGAUGGUCCCCAAUGACUGUAAGCCAGACUUGAAGCACGUGAAGAAAGUGUACAGCUGUGACCUGACAACGCUCGUGAAAGCACACAUCACCACGCGGCCAAUGGUGGUGGACAUGUGCAUCAGGGAGAUCGAAGCCAGAGGUCUUAAUUCUGAAGGACUGUACCGAGUGUCAGGAUUUAGUGACCUAAUUGAAGAUGUCAAGAUGGCUUUUGACAGAGAUGGUGAGAAAGCCGAUAUUUCCGUGAACAUGUAUGAAGAUAUCAACAUUAUCACUGGCGCGCUGAAACUGUACUUCAGGGAUUUACCAAUUCCACUCAUUACGUACGAUGCCUACCCCAAGUUUAUAGAGUCUGCCAAAAUCAUGGACCCCGACGAGCAAUUGGAAACCCUUCACGAAGCCCUGAAACUACUGCCGCCGGCUCACUGCGAAACCCUCCGCUACCUCAUGGCGCACCUGAAGAGAGUCACCCUGCACGAAAAGGAGAAUCUCAUGAAUGCAGAGAACCUUGGAAUUGUCUUUGGCCCAACCCUCAUGAGGUCUCCCGAGCUGGACGCAAUGGCCGCCUUGAAUGAUAUCCGGUAUCAGAGACUGGUGGUGGAGCUGCUGAUCAAAAAUGAAGACAUUUUAUUUUAAGCUUUUAAUUUGAGGGGGAAGAGAUGGUUUACAGAUGAAGGAAUGUUUUACAGUAACUUAAUUGGCUCCUUAGCUGAAUUACUUCUUGGUUAGAGGUUGGGGCGUAUAACCAGAUGGAAAUGAAGGAACUUUCUGUUGUUUUCGUAGCACUGCUCAGCUGUCCUUGUAAAACAGUGAACACACGCUUUCCAGUUCUAGUAAGCCUGGGAGUUUAUCAUGUCCAGAGAAACUCCAGCUAUUGCAUGAUUAGCCCCCUGUCUGGCAGUGAAACCCCAUGCCCAGGAAACAGCAAACCUGCACCUGCACGGCCUCUUCAUCCCGGGUAGCCUGUGGUCGUAACCCCGCAUGUUUCACACAGUAAGCCUAUCGUGACUGCUUCGGGGUCUGUGUCCUGGGUUUGUGAUGCCUGUACAAACAUGCACACACGAAUGGAGAGAACAGCACCUCUGCCUGUUGCAUUCCCAUAGACCAUGGCACAUGCCUACUUUUCACAAAGGGUUCAUUUCUGGCUUCUCAUAGUUCUCCUCUUCAUAGUACUAACAUAGUACUUUCUUUCUGGCAAAAGCAAAAUGUGUUUCAGAUUUGUUAUCUUUAAUAAGUUAUCCCUACCAAUAAAAGAUGUACAACACAGAGCAUUUUCUGUUAAAUUAUUACUGGUUUUCAGUUCUAAUUUUGUAUUUUUAUC